AACUGCACAGAUGCGGAGACAGACAGACAGGGUGUCGAAACUGAUUUCAGAUCGGUCUGUAUUUCACUGAGAGUGGUCGGGGGUCGUUGGAUGAACAGCUCUGAGAACAGAUAUAUGACCGCGGCGCGUGCACGCGCGUACAGAUGCGGACUCCUGUAACAUUCGUACAGAAACUAAACUUAUGGGGGAGUCCGAAAGCAGGAAAUCGGUGAGAUGGAAAGAGACGAGUGGAAUCAACAAUGCCUCAGAGGACAUGAUCACGUCUUACCUGACAGUCUCUGAUGAGAAUCAGAACAAACUGCCAGAAACAGAAGUUAUGAUUGCGGAGGAUGAUACACAUGAGCUUGAGAACAGAAACCCAGAAGAGAGAUGUCCAGCAAAUACUAAGAGCCAGAGCUGCUCUGGAGAUCAUGGCGGUCUCCCUGGGAUUUUGGCACCUGGACCAAGUCCUUCUCUUCUGGCUUCACUGCAUGCUCUGGUUGAACACAAUGAUCACAUGCUCCUCCCACAUUCCUUACACCAGAUAGCGGAGGGCUACUUCCUUGAAGAGGACUAUAAGUGGGCAGUGGAGUUUCUUCAUCUGGAAAAACUCUAUCAUGAAAGACUGCUCUCUAAUCUGGCCUCCGUACAAGAGAAAUGGGAGGCUCAGAGGAAAAUGAGUGAUGAAACUGAAAGUAACUCUCCCUCAGUCACUAAUGGAGCUGAGAAAGAGAGAGAGCGAAUGGAAGUGUUGAGUCAAAUCUGCAGAACGCACCAGAGACCAAACCUCUCUUUGCAAAAGAACAUGGAGGCCGUAAAACUGCGCACCAGCCCAAACCAUGUGACAGAAAGCAGAUCAAAACAAGAGCAAGCUUCAGUGAACCGGGGCUCACUGGAGGCUGAACGCGAGCCAGAAGAUGACUGCGAGUUCAGUGAGGAAGAGGAGGAAGGAGAGGAUGAAGGUCUCGAGGAAGACGAGUGCUGGAAUGAGGAGCUGCAGGAGGACACAGAGCUCCAGACUCCUGUGGACGAGCUGGACAACCUCAUUCAGGUAGAAGAGAUGUUUCCCUCAAAUGGCUUAGUGUCUAUUUUAAAGAAGAAAGUCUGCAUCAAGGAAGCAGAGAACGGCGAUUCAGAAAAAGACUCAACCAAACGCAAAGUCCGCUUCAGAGAGCCAGACAAUACCUUUGAACAAGAAGAGUCGGCGAGGGCGUCCUGCCUCAUCCUCCUCCUCAUGUGUGUUGUUACGGUGGUGGUCAGUCUGGGUGGGACGGCUCUCUAUUGUCUGCUUGGAGAAGCGUACUCGAAUGUGUGUGUCGACUUUUCUCAGAACAUGGAAUUUUACUUUGGACCUGUACGACGAACAGUGGCUGCUCUUACACAGUGGUUCUCUUCCGGUGCUUCAUAGCAGCUGUUUCACGAUAACUUAAGUGGAACUAUUACUUUAUAUAAUCAUUUUCCGAUGAUAACAGUAUUUCUGUUAAAAAAAUAUGCACUAAUGCACAUUACCAGACUGGCCUUAUUAAAUGUUUCUUUAGAGAGUCUUUAUAAAUCACACAGGGCUUCCUAAUGCAUUAAUACAUUUGUGUAAUGUGUUUAUAAUUGAUGCUAAAACCGGUGUUUUAACCUUCGGGUGUUGUUCAAUCAAAAGAAACAAAAUCAUGGUUUCCACUACAUUCAUUCUUCUAUGGUGGGGUGCCACACCAAAAUUCAUUCCCGCCAUGGCUACAUUCCAGCUUCUCAUUCAAAACCUUCAGUUGUUGCAAUUUUUUUUAUAUAGUAGCAGGUUUUAAUUGAAAACGUUAAAGCGUUAUUUAAUCCUCUAGGGUUACAUUCGACUGACUGACAGGGAUGCAUGAGGCCAGCAAAUACGACACAGCUUUCAGUUAUGAUGAAUAGAGUUUCCAUAAUUAUACUUUAUUUAAAGAUAAUGGUCUAUGGUUCUGCAUACAACACCUUUAUCUUGCUAGGUAUUAUGGCUGCUUCAUUUUACUUUAGGAUGCAUCAAUACCAUUCUGUUGGUCUAUUCAUUCAUUCGUUUUCUUUUCUGCUUAGUCCCUUUAUUAAUCUGGGGUCGCCACUGCAGAAUGAACCGCCAGUGUAUCCAGCAUAUGUUUUACGUAGCUGAUGCCCUUCCAGCUGCAACCCAUCACUGGGAAACAUCCAUACACAUUCACUGACACACACACAUACACACACACACACAGUACGGACAAUUUAGCUUACCCAAUUCACCUGUACCACAUGUCUUUGGACUGUGGGGGGAAACCAGAGCACUCUGACGAAACCCACGCCAGCAUGGGGAGAACAUGCACACAGAAAUGCCAACUGACCCAGCAGGGGCCUCAAACCAGUGACCUUCUUGCUGUGAGGUGAUUGUGCUACCCACUGCGCCACCGUGCUGCCAUUCUGUAGGUCUAUUGGAGACAUAAAUAUUCCUGGCAAGUCUAAUAAAUGUUGGAUACAUUUACAUAAAUGCACUAAAUCGUACUUCAGCUGCGUUUAUUUGAGAGAGCACAAGAAAACCUGUGCUUGAACAGCGUAUAUUUGAGGCCGUACAAGAAGUUUUGUGCACAAAGGCGUGCAAGCAAAGAGAUUCGCAUGGUCGUAUUACAUGAAUCCGAUCUCGACUUGUAAUACUGCGCUCACGACAUUUGUCAUUGAAAUAACACCACAGGUAGAUCUGUGUAAAAGGCCUGCCACCACAGCUGGAAAAAUCCUAGAGGAAACACUGAAAAUCUAAUGAAACACUCAAAAUGCCAAAAAUAGUUUUGAAUUAUAAAUAAUUACUUCAAUGGUUUGGUACAAAACUCAACACACACACACGCACACACACACACACACACACAUGCACACGCACACACACACACACACACACACACGCACACACACAACUACUAAAAUACUGGACAAUUUUUGAAAGGUUCAAUCUACAAUUCAGCCACAAUACAUAAACUAUACAGUAUACAGUAGUGAAAGGGUGAAACUCUCCCACUACACAGACACACACUUCCAUGUUUCAUGUGGAUUUUUUAUUAAAUGUAAUGAUAUACUGAUUUUUAUAAAUUACAUACUGAAUAAAAACGUGUUUGGUAUGAUUUAUUAGCUGUUUUUCCUCACAACCUAAAGCAUAUCAGUAUGUAAGUAGUGUGUUUUUCUAUACCAAAUUUAUUGUGUAUGGCCAUACACUUAAAGCAGCCACAGGGCAAGGGCGCCAGUGCUUCAACACACACCAGCUAUUGGUGGAGUGAAGAGACAGUGAUAGAGGCAAUUCAGUGGAUGGGGAUGAUUGGGAGGCCAUGAUGGGUAAGGGCCGAUGGAGGGAAUUUGGCCAGGACACCAGUGGUUACACCCUACUCUUUACGAGAAGUGCCAUGGGAUUUGUAAUGACCACAGAGAUUCAUGACCUCGGAUUAACGUCUUAUCCGAAAGACGGCACCCACUGACAGUAUAGUGUCCCCUUCGCUUUUACUUGGGCAUUAGGGCUUUUAAACACACAGACAGGACCACAAAUACACACACACACACGCACACACAGUUUUAGAAACAGUUUAAAUCACAUUUUUGUUUAUUUCAGUUAAAUUCUGACUUAAUUUUGGUGUUUAAAUUAGAUUAUGAGUAACAACAGCUUGCCUUGUCUUCUGAUGUGACUGAAAACACGAUGGAAAUAAUGAUAUUCAUAUCGUAAAUUAUCAGAAAUCUUUGAUGAUCUCUAAAGAAAUAUGCAUCUAAAUGCUAAACUUAAAGAAAAAACUCCUCAGUAACUACUGAAUACACAUAUCUGAAUACACACAGUACUUGCCCUAAAUACAUACACACAAAAUUUACAUUUGAUAUAGUAAUAAAGGUUUCAUUUUCCCAGUGAUGGGUAGCAGCUGGAAGGGUAUCCGCUGUGUAAAACAUAUGAAGGAUAAGUUGGCGGUUCAUUCCUCUGUGGUGACCCCAGAUUAAUAAAGGGACUAAGUCAAAAAGAAAAUGAAUGGAUGAAUAAUGGGUUCAUGAAUUUGUUGCAUGAAUUCCUUUAAAUAUAUCAAAUAUUAAAGUAAAAACAUGACUCAAAAUUGACUGAAAACUAAAUAUUCAUAGAAAUAUAAUUAUUAUUUACUCUUUGUUUAGUUUUGACCAUAAAGAACACAAGUUUGACUCCAUAAUGAGCAAUACCUGAGCAAUAAAUGUUAAGUAUAACAAUAACUGUCUGUAUCAAUGCAAAACUAUUUGUUUAUUGUAAACAUGGACUCAGUUUUGCCAUUUGCCUCUUUAAAUGUUCAAGCUUUUUAGAGCAGGGUGGAUUCUGUUUGAGUGUCAGUGUUUUAUUGUUUAUCAGAUUUUUGUUUUAAUCAUGUUGUAAGCUCUUACAUUUGAACCUUUAUCAUUUUAGCUAGUUAUAAUACUUGGUGUAAAUAGGCCGUUGCAGAUGAUCCUAAUAUACCACUGCCAUUCCUCGUAACAAUAACUGCACACAUUGAAAACUGCCUUUGAGGCCAGUUCAGGACACUACAUUCCUUGUUAAUGUUUAUAUGAUAUUUUUAACUUUGAAGAUACUUUGACUUGGCACUUUACAGUAUAUUGGUGCUGUAACCACUGAAAUUCAUAGAGUAUAAAAAUAAUAAGCAAAAUAUAGGUUAACAGCAUGUAGCAGUGUUAUCUUAAGUAGAUGGCUUAGUUAUGAUGGAUUUACUGUAUAAAGCACAUAAUGAAUAGCACGACCAGACUGAAGUGCAAUUAUGGCAAUCUUAUUUUGUUGUUGUUGUUGCAAUUUUUAUGGUCCACUGGAAUAAAUAUGAAAAUUGUAUAAUGUUGUGAAA